UUUAAAAACUCUUGGUACAUAAUUUCGGUGCGCGAAAGGAACUGGCCCACUAACUGGCUCUGGGGCAGAGUAGUCUGCCAAAACCAAGGAGGGGACCUAGUUUCCAUUGAAACCGAAGACGAAUGGAAUUUCAUCAAUGACCAGAUUCAAAGGCGAGAUAUUACGCGCUAUGAAAAUAAAUGGAGUAUUGGUUUAACGAAAAAGGCCGGGAAUUGGACUUGGGUGAAUGGAAGACCGCUGACUAUUUGCAAAUGGGAACAAGGGGAGCCAAGAGGUGAACACGACGCGGCUUUCAUGUACAAGCGGUCCAGUAAUGGGGAGCAGGGCGUGUUUGGUGGUGGUAAUGUCAUGAGAACAGGAGAUAACCACUCUUAUAUUUGUGAGAUUUCCGAGGGUAAGUUGUUAUUUUUGUUGUUGCUUUGUUUUGUUUUUUUCUGUUUGUUUGCUUUCUUUAAUAUUAUUUUGAGGAAACUAACGGCAACAGAAGCGCUUAGGCAUCAUAAAAACAUUAUUUGAUAUCGUUUGUGGAACUUAUGAAAGGAUUUACAUAAACCCUCCGACGGUCAGAAUCAAGUUUACACUAACAUUUGAAUAAAUGAAAAUAUGUUUGAAACGAUAUCAAUUCACGUUUUCACGAUACAUAUGUCUAACUUUUAGCUUUGUGAGGAGAGGAAAAUUACAGAUGGUUCUGUUACCAGUAAUAACAGUAUACUUUCAAUUAUGAGUUAUUUUCAUGUAGUUAAUUUACUCUUUCGAUUGAACAAAAUGAUAGUGAAUACCAAUUGCGAAGAAAUAUCAGUCCAAUUGCUUUUUUAGAUAACAACGUGUGAUGACGUGAAGUGCGUUAUCUUUUGCAAAGAGCCAUGCCAGGGACUCAUGUCUGUUGAGAUACAUGCCAAUUAUCGUUUUAUAAAACGAAUACAAAAGACUUGCAAAUUUAUUUGUUCUUCGCAUAGCGGAAUCAGUUCUGUGUUUAUUCUAUUUUAUUUUAAUAUCCGCUUGUUUGAACUAUAAAGUUGUAGGUUCUAAUUUCGAUGCAAUGAAAAAUGUGCAUUGAACAUAAUAAACUAAUUAGAAUAUGGCGGACAUUUCGGUCGACCUAGCAACCAUUACUCUAUAGCGAGGUUAGUACGGGUUACCUUAGCUCUCGUAUGUCACCAGAGUGUGUAUAUACAUUUUCUUGUUUAAAAAAUGGUCAAGACCGAAUUCGCAUUUUAUUGAUGUCCCGCUUACCAAAAAGAUAAACAUAGGAAUGCUUAGCAUGCAAGACUUAUUAUUUUGGCUGGGAGGGUUGUGAUGGGACACUGCGUUCUUAACGGUUUCAGUUUUGUAACAGAAAAAGAGCAUAACUUUUAAAAUAACGAAAAUAUCGCAUUACUUCUCUUUAACAGAAAGAAAAAAAAAACCUAAUUUAUCUGACCUCACACAGUUUUUUUGUGGUCUGUUGUCUCUACUGUAUAAAAAAAAAAAACUUUUGAGCGAAAAUAAAAUGCAUCGGUACCACGCUUACCUUUGGGUGCUUCGGAGCUGUUGUUUGGUCUCGCUCUAUUCCCAGUUCGAGAGCGAGCGCGUUGCGGAACGUGAUCAAAUAACUGUUGUAAAACAGACUACCCUUACAGGCGUUCCAUCUAGCUAUUACGUAAGUAAAAGACAAAUGGAGGAGGUUAUGCACAUGUGCGGUUGCGUGCCUAACUUGGAGACCCCAAUCGGGCGCACCAAGAAGCUUAGAUACAGAGUGAUAAAGUACGCAUUUACCAGAGUUCGUGCAGCGUACCGCGGGCACCUGGUUACUGAUUACAGAGGGCUUCACGUGGGCUAGCAGAGUUUAAGCAGCGCAAACAAAGGAAUUUGGCGUUUUGAGCGGAAAGUCAUAUUGAUCAGUUCGUAGUUGAAAGCUUCAUUGAUUCUCGGUAAUUACACUGCAAGAGAAACGCUAAAUACGACAUGAAAAGACUGAUUUGAAAAUACGAAUAUCUAUCGAAGAGCGACGUGAGAAGGAAAGACAAAGAGCUCCGAAAAAAAAAAAAGACUCAAAAGAGGGCAACAACAAAGAAAAAGCAAACUACAGAGGAGCCGAGAAAGGAGAGACAGGAGGUAAGUUGAUGCUUAUCUAGUUUUCCCCUAGGCUAAGUCUCAAAACAAUUUUAACAAUCGUUAAACAAUUCAUUACGGUUUUACUACAGUGACGUAUUCAAACAAUACUCUACAUAUUCAAAACGGUUUACAUAAUGUCUUUCAUAAUUGUACACAUUCUAUUUGCCCCUUACACUUCUUGGCAUCGGUAUUUUAGAGCGAUUUUUUUUUUUUAAGGCCGCGUGAAGGGUAGCACAUCGACCGAAAAAUGACUAACCUCAAAGUUAAGUAAGAGAUUCUGUAUAGUGAACUUAGAAACGUGGUAAAGUUUCUCGCCCAGAUUUGCUUCUUUAUUCUGGGAAAUUUGCGAAAACUGAAACGAGCGUCGAUAGCCGUAACUUGGCGGAAAGUAAUGCCCCGAGUUGAGACAAAUAAACUUUGCUCGUGAAAAGUGCAAAAGAAAGCAAGCUCUUCUCAAUAUGACAGAUUUUUAUUUAUAGGAUUGACGAAUGUUUUAAGUUUAAAACGGGACCAUUUCAUUAAAUUUGAAGCUCGCGGAACGCUAUUGGAAAUCACCAAUAUUUCAAAAUACAAAUAUCGCAUUUCCUAGGAAUUUUUUAAAUUAAUACUUUCCCUGUGUGGUAUACCUCAGUAUCGGCUCAGAUUAAGCUCGUAAUAAGUGGAAUAAGUAUUGUUUUCGAGGAUAUAAAAAUUAGUUUAGGGCUUUGCAUUUCCACACGGAAAGACCAGGCUAAACUUUUUAAAAAUCGCAACAUCGUCUUUACGUCACGACGGAUAUUCUCUAACUAAGCACGCCAUUGUUAAAUCCAAAACUCUUAGCAAAUUUUAGCAGUAAGCAACAAGCUCGAUCAGUGAAGUCAAUACAAUAAGCUACCCUAACGACGACAGACUGGUUUUUUAUAACUUCUUUCGUUUCAAAUUGUCAUUUAUUUCCCAUGGCGAAAUUGUCUGCAAUAACACAUUUUGUAAAGUAGCAGCAGGCGUCUGUUUUUCUUUCCAUGUUCGAACACAUUUAAGUUGUAAGAAAGUUUUGAGAUAAAAUUGAGCUUCCUAGUGGACUUGAAAAAGAACGAUUCAAUCAUUUACCGAAGUAAGUCAACAGUUCUUUUCCAAACUUUGAAGAAGGACAGCAAUCUGAAAUAAGUGUAGAUGUAACACACUCAAACACUCAAGGAUUCUUCACGCAAGGCUGAACGUAUUGCAAUCUUGCUCACAUCUUGCAAUCUUGCUCACAUCUUGCAAUCUUACGGCCAUAAAUAAUCGUCAAUAACUCAAAGUUUUUUCAAAAUUUUGACAGUAAAAUUAAGGAAAUUCUAAAGUUAAACUUUAUCAUCCGAAAGAAAAAAAAAAUCACAGAAUACAGAAGGGAAACUUCAAUUGUGCUAGCUAAUUUCCUCCAUUGCCUUUCAUAUUUUUGAUCAAAUAAACUUCAAUCAGUUGUAAAGGGUUUCCUUGAAUUGUAUUGUAAAUUGCAUUGUAAAUUACCCAGGUAGACUUCUUCUCAAAUGGUCAGCUUGUAAAAUAUUGCUUCUCAAAUUUUACUCACUUAUAUAAAAAUAUAUGGUUGCAAGAAAAAGCACACAGCACCAAAUCAAAGGGCUCUUGGAGCCAGCUCAUUCAUUUGCAUUGAUUUCUUGGACUUGCUGAAUAUAGGUACAGUUAAAUUCGUUUUAUAUGAACUUUCAAGACUUUUGGAUUAAAUUUUAUUUUAUUUUUGCGCAGUUGUGUGUGAAGAAAACUUGUGCAUUCGUCGUGAUGGGAAUUGGAAAAAAGGUUAUGUGGGCUGGAGGUGGGAUGGGCAGAGGUAAUUAGGCAGGCAGUGUCCUUUUUGUUGGUGUGUGUGUGUUUGUGGGGCGGUGUCAUGUAAGCCAAUAACAAUAUAAGGCACAUAUGCGCAAAUCAGUGUGUGUAUACCCCUGAACAACAGCUUUUUGAGUGCUCUCCAAACUUUCUGCGUUCUUCAUCGAUGAACGCACAACUGACGUAUGAACCAAUUGUUUUAACAUUUUCAACCAGAUGGAAAAAUUUUUUCUCGAGGGAUUUGUUUGCUGAGGUCAUGAGCGUGCACAAUAGGAAUAUGAAGCACGCUCGCCCAAUUGAAUUUGAUUAGACAAAUAUACUAGCUAUGUUAUAAACUUGGUUAGGUUUAUUCAUUGAUACUGUUUCAUCAUGGCUUGCUUGCACGAAAUGGUAACUGUAAUUUAGAUUAAGAGAUGUUUUUGAGGCAACAUCAAGGAUGAAUUAUCUUUUAAAAUGGAAUACUUCAGUAACUCUCUUCAUUUCUCUUCGAUGCAACAUCAUCUAGUAUUUCUGGAGGACAAUUAAAGGAAGCGGGUUGUAAAAAAGUAAUAAUUUUUUAUUCAGCUCAGUAUUCAAACAUGAGAGUAACAUUUUAUGUUUUCACAUGUAACAGGAUGGUCCAGCUGAAGAUGGCCCGAAAAAGUAGUGAAAUCUACUCUUCGUAACAAGGGUGACUUUUGGGGAAACUUGAGCGCUUAAUUGGUGAAUACGUCUUGGCUUGUACUUCUGAUGAUAACAGUUUGCUGACAGAGGAAAUUGAAAUGUCAGUCCCUAUACAGGAAUGUACUUUUCAUCUGACCUGUACAAUGAGAACUGAAAUGAUGUAUUUGUGAUUGGCACAACUACUUUAUUUAUAGUGGAACCCCCCUCACCCCCUGAGAAAAAAAGUUAAUGAUUUUUUGUAAACACGAAUGUAUGAGAGAAGCUCUGGAGCUAUUGACCCUAUUUUUGUUAGAAUGCAUAAGGUUUGAUGAUUGUAAUGAUUAUUUGUCAGCUAUCAAACUUUUCACUUUAUAUUUAUCAUAGUUGUAACUGCAUGAUCGCCGUACGUACUUCUUCAAAAGUUGUUGGAGCUGAGUCUGUAGCCUGUCAUCCUUUGUUAAGAAUUGUGCAAUUAUUUAAUUUUGCAGUAUUUACCACGUUGUAACAUGUAAAUUGGAUGGCAAUAAAUAUUCAGGCUCAAGAUUUCAAAAGUGGUGUUCUUACAAAUGAUGUCACCUAUUCUUUAAAGGAAACUUUGAUUUAGUCAAUUGGUCACAAGAUAUUUGAGUUUAAAAAGAAAAAAAAUCUGGAAAACCAAUAAUCCUCUUCUAAUUAGGACUGAAAUUUAUGGGCAAUCUCCUCUUUGACGUCAUGGUUUUAUUUUGACCUGCCUCCUUCCCUUUAAUGUUUAGGGGUACAUAAAUUAUCCCUCUCACUCCCUGUGGGUGACUAGCAUUCUAUUUCUCCUUACAAUAUCACCCCUGAAUCAAACAUUAAGGUCGAUAGAUGAAACUCUUGAUUGCUUAACAAAUUCUCUUAUUCAGAAAAUUAGGAAUGCACAGAAAACAGUGUUGAGAAUAUACACAAUGAUCUUGGGGUGUAAAAAUGAUGAGUACGUUAUUUAUAUUUUGACACAUGGAGAUUGAAUCAAUUCACAUCCACAUAGUGCAGAAGGCAAGAAUAUGAGAGCUAUAACUUGAUAGGUUUUAAAAAUAAUAAUUUGGAGAGUUUUGCAAACCAUAUCCUACUUCUACCUUUCUCUGGAUAACAAGUAACAGUCAUUAACAUUGUCUUAUUCACGGUGAAUGAGACAGUGAUGAGAUGAUAACCUCCUUAUUUGUUUGACAGCUUGCCCUCGUAUCGCUGACUUUAUCCUCCCCCUCCCCCCUCAAAAAUAAUUGAUGACUGGUCUGAGGGGAAGGUAGUUCUCAUAAAUUCUCUUAAAUGAAAUUGGAACAAUGUUCUCACAACUUGAAAAGCAUCCGGCUGAAAAAUUGUCAGCAGAUACAAUGUAAACCCUUUGCACCUUAACAUCUGUAUGCAUAUUCUCCAGACUGUUCUCUACACGUUUCCCAAGUUGCUGAAUCAAGGAGAACAAUCAAAAGCUUCUUAGGGUUGGUGAUCAUCUCUUUUAUUCUCAUGGGCUUAAUGUGUGACUUAGGGGUGGUACUGUGAGUCAUUGUUAGAAGGGUUUUAAGGAUUAAUGCGUAAACUGUAUUUGAAGGUUAUCGUUCCAGGUAGGCUAACACUCAUAAAUUUCCGGUAGUUGUACAUAAGUCUUGAUCGUGUUGUCGCAAGAACGUUUGACUCAAUUUGAUUUAAAUAACCUAAACUGAAUAAGUAGAAACAUGGAAUUUAUUAUUUUCAUUCUCCUUUAAGUGAGCAUCAAAGUUUUGAAGUCAUCACAUGAGGCUUAUACCACAGGUUUAUAGGAAAUCUGCCUAAGUACGAGUUUUGUCAACAUUAAAGCUGUUAAUGCAUGUGUGCGAGCACAUGUAGAUGUUGAAAACACUGUUAACCCUUUAACUUCCAAGGUCUAAUUGUUAAUUCUCCCCUCUAGCUGCCACACAUGUCUCGGUUAGUUGGAUGUCACAGGGAUAUGUUACAUGUUAAUCACUUCUGGGAGUUAAAGGGUUAAAUGCGGCGAAUAUUUUGCUUAGAUUUCUCAUUAAAGUAACCUGUAUGAGUAUACUCCUUUUUUUUAUAAUCUUGCUUUUCCAGCUCACGCUGCAUUCUAAUUUUUCGACUUAAUUCUAUUUUCUUUCAAAAUAUCUGGAACUCCUGAUGUUAGAUAUCACAGGUCUAUUUAGAACUUUUCUGUACUGGUAAUUGAAAGAAAUUUUGCAGCUGUUGGCGCAUGAAUUUUUCCCCUGACUCUGUUAAUGGUCUAUUAGGUGUAAGGAUUGGGACUGAUAGUAAUACUUACGAUUUUUCUACAUCAAUAACCCCUACAGCAAUACCCCCUAGAGGGGGGGACUGCUCCAUCACUCCGCCAAGCGGCAUCUCACUGGAGACUAAUUUCAGUCUGAGCUGUAGCAACUGGGAAAAUGACAACACCCCUCUGUCCUACCAGUUUCAAUACAGGCUAGAGAAUGGCUUGUACAAUGUGUUAUAUCGUGGCGUUAACAACAACAUAACUACCUCUUGGAUACCGCCUGGGAUCAGUACAGAUAAUUUUACUGUCAAAGUUAUCGCUACAGUGACCUACAAUUGUGGAAUUUCUGCCUCCCCAGUCUCUUUGAAAGUUCAGGUAGGUCGCUGACCAUUAGUUUAAUGUUUAGCGUGAAAGGAUGUGAGAAUAUUUGAAUUCUUUUAGUCCCUAUUAGUAAUAGAUUAAUUAUAGUUAUAGAUAACUACUUUUGACUUUUGCAGAUCAAGCCAUCUCCGAGUGUAACACCCGAAUUUAUCGCAAACCUUCGUGAGAAAUUCAUUAAGAUCAAAAACCUGACAGAAGCGGCGCUAAUAGCAAACGCUUUACUUCGAUCAGUUUCACAUGAAACCUCAAUGGAUUUUCAGGAGAAAUACAAGGUACUUUUCAAACCCAAUUCGUUACUUAAAAAGUGAAACAAAACUAGUUCAUUCUGAUAGUAUCCGAAAAGCAAAGAGUUUGCCAAGGGCCAAACGUGCAAAAAAAUGAGAAGAAAUUUACAUGAAGAAAAUAAUAACAAUACAAAAAAAUCAACUUUCGAAGAACAGACAAGUAUAAUACAUUAAAUAUAUCAACGUACUUUUGAGAAAAAUGGAGGCUUAUGCGUUAAAUAUCUGAUGUUUUUGCAGCACGAGAAUUGUUUCGUGCGUUUUAAGCGUUGACUUUCCAUUAUUAUCACGAUUCACCUUCCGUUCUGACGAAUGAAGAAUGCUGAGGAGAAUGCUUUGAAUAAAUUUCAAAGGAAUACUUACAACGUCUUGAAAUUGAGGUUUAAAAAUACAUUUCAUGGGCAGAAAUCACCAAAUAUUCCUUUUUUUUUUCUGCUUGGACAUUUUCGGUGAUUUGAUGCAUUUAGAUCAAUCAUGCCCUUGCAAAUCAUUUGAUGGGUUUUAACUGGCAAUGUCAUAGGGAAAUCUGAUACGUUAAGUCUAAAUAUGUCUUUAGAUCAAUAUCUUUGGAACGAGCCUCACAUGGGGGAUACAGUCUGGUUGCCUAUUUCUUUAUUGGUUUCAAUAACUUUAAGCUAAAAUCUUUAUGGUUGUUUAAGGUGAUGAACGACAUCCUUAAUAAAAUUUCGCCCUUGGAAACGAAAACUGUCUUCGACCUGCUUCAAAAAUCAUCAGUUGUCGGCUCUGCUCUUCAGGUUGUGGAGAAAGUGCCCCAUCAGUUUUUGGUAAGUUAAUUACGUAAUAUUGUUUGGGGCUGGAAUAGCGUUGGUGGUUACGUCAAGUUUUCAUACCGUGAAACUAUUUGACCAGAAAAGCUCAAGAAAAACAGCAAUAACAACAACAGCAAAGACGAAGAAAACGGAAAUGAACAAGCAUAAAAACAAGCAACUAUUGCAUUAUCAAAUGAACCAACCUAUAGUUUUGUACAUACUUUAACUAAUUAGCCACAAAUUAUCUCUAGGACGGUCAUAGGACAGAAAUCUGAAAGCAGGCAAUUUUAGCUUCAUUUAAAUUCAUUUGCACUCCACAGAAUUUCUCCUUAUCUGCUAUCAGUUCAAUGACGUCACGACUAUGGUCUCUUGCCCAGAAACAAGACGUAGCAGACAUACCACUGACAAAGCAAUCAGCUGAAAACUUGGCUUCAUGUCUUAAUAGCGUGUUGAAGGCAGCAGCAGUGAUUGCAUCAGAAAACUUCAAAUCAAGUUUUCAACAACUGGUACUGUAAUGUGCAUUAGUCUAUAUUCAUUGGCGAAUGGUCCAUUGACGAUUGUUGUAAACUUAACCGUUACUCCCUUCUUCAUUCAUAUUUGGGACCUUUUAAGGUUUGUUUGUAUGUAUGUUUGUUUUAAGCUUGCGAAAAUCCAUAGUUUGCUUACAUUAUAUGGUUAUUUAUGGAAUUUCUACAGGGUAAACUAUUGGUGAAGAUUUCAAUGAAGACCCUCGAGAAAGUUGCAGACUCAGUGUUGGCCUUGACAGUACCUGAUAAAAGAACGAUAUCAUUCACAGCGGGAGAACUAUCCAUGACAGUCGGAAGAUAUAGCCUCCAAAGACUUUCAGGACUGGAAAUAAAAGCAGGAAAAGGCCGGUUUAUCUUACCUUCUAAGAGCCAAUUAUUACUCGCUGGAGUAAACAAAACAAGUUUUGUAGAUGUUCAGGUAGGUUUUCCUGCCCUUCGGGCAAAUUUCAAUCUAAGUUUUUUUUUCUUUUUGGCAGAUACCGACACCAGUAACAUUAAAGUAGCACAUUAGGUACCUUAAAGGUUCCUUAUUACCUCCAGCAAUCAUAUUUCUUGUUUUGGUUUUGACAUGUUCAACUCUGUCACUUGGGACAACAAAAAAGAAUCAGUCAAGCUUGAUUUUCUUCACAUCGCCUUAAGCAAACCUUACAACUGAGUUGAUAACAGGAUCAGGUCUUCCACCCGCCAUUUCUCCUGCAUUUUCAUUCUGGUUUCAAAAUACUGACUCUGAAAAUAUUUCAUAAUAAGUGACCACAUGAAUGUUAUUUAUUUUUCGUUGUUUUUCCAAAUAUAUUUUCAGUUUUACUUUGCGCUCAACUUAUGAUAACUUAUGAUUAGUACUAAGAAUGAGUACCUUGUUUACCUGUUCAAUUACAGCAGUCUACAAAAACAAACAAAUUUUUAAUCAUUCUUCUUUCAGAUGUUCUCGUUUUCUUUCAACCCUUACACUUGGGACAGCACAAAGGAGCGAGUUGGCUCUGAUGUUGUAACCCUGCACUUGAAAAACAACGACAGCAAGCUUAUUAAAGUAUCAAAUCUCACGGAAGACAUUGUUAUCGUUAUGCCUUUAAAACUUCAGAAAAUCUCUGCUUCAGAAAAGUCAUGGUAUUUCACAAAGAACGAUGAUCUACGUUUCCACGAGAUAAAAGUCAGGUAUGAAAACACCUUGCUGAUAAUGGAAAUCAAACCUCAAGAUCCAACCGUACAUCUUUUUGUCUAUAUGCGUUUUAAUCAGCGACCGACAACUCAAGACUACGACCUCAAUGCCACUAUCUCUCAUGACGAAAAGUGUGUUUGGAUGCUAAGUGCACAUGAAAAAAGUGAAGGGCAAACAGUCUGCUCCUUGAAUCCAAAUGCGACGAUACAGGUUCUGGCUGAGCGUCCUGGGAAAUACUUUCUCGGCUUAAAAAAUUACAAUGCCACAAUUAACUUAUCCCACACAAGGGAGAAAAGAUCUUGUCUUGGUGGAAGGCGAAGGAAGCGCUCCUGCGUCGAAGUCAAAGAUCCACCACCCACCCCACCCCAGAGUCAAAAUGUCCCUGUGAUACCAGUUUAUGAUUCCACAACAGACCACAACUACACUCUGAAGGUGACCUUGGGUAGUUGUGUUUACUGGUCAGAAAAAAUUGAAAAGUGGAUAUCAUCUGGUUGUCGAGUAAGUGAAAAAUUAAAUAACGAUUUUUCAGCGCAAUCUUUUUAUCUAAUUUGGCAUUGUAAUCAACACAGUUUAGAUCAUUUGAGCUUUCCUGAUUAAUGUUUGCAAAAGUGCUGUGGUAUUGUAAUAAUCUUCACUCAUUAAGCUUAUAAUUGAAUUCAGUCUAAUCUUUGAUGAGAGAACAUUUUCAGACAAAAGUCGAAUCGAUUUGAUAGCCAGCCGGGGUAUAAAGGCGCCUUAAAAAACAGGGUGAUUAAUGGUGACAGCCAACAUGAUAAUUUUUAUCAUUAACAUCUUCCUUGCAUUUUAUAAUUUCAGGUUUUAGCAAAAAUAGAUGGAUUUUUAAACUGUCGCUGUAGCCACUUGACAUCAUUUGGGGGAAGUCUUUUAGUUGAACCGAAUCCCAUUGACUUCGACAAGGUUUUAGUCGAGUUCCAGCAGUUAUCAGAAACUGGAAAUAUCGCAGUAAUUGUGGUUAUUGCGGUGAUUUUAUUAUGUUAUGUGACUGUGCUUGUUAUCGUAAGGAAAUUCGACGAGGAAGACGCGAAAAAUGUAAGUGUAAAACCAGAUAUUGCUAAGGACCGUUGUUUUAACGGAGCAUGCUCUCCAGUAUAACCCUUUCCUCCUAUGAUCUAGUUGUUAAUUCUCCCUCAGGUUGCUAUACACUUUUUUUGUAAAUAAGUCAUGACAAUUUGCUAAUAGAUCAAGAUACCAAAUUCUACCUGAUAAUUUUGAGUAUUCUCAUGACCUGUUGCCUAGAUAAUGUACCGAUAUUUUUGGGAGAAGUUGCAUGUUGAUCACCUCUGGCAGUUAAAGGGUUAAGCAAAAAAAAAGGCUUUAAUGUUGACAGCAUUAUUCGCUUUAAAGGUUUGUUGAUAUUGUGAGUUUAAAAAUGAAGUGACCAUGGAUUAUUUCCCUUUUUUGGGACUGGGAUAAAAAGAGCGAAUUAAAAAUAGAAAUCAGCUAGCAAUGUAAUUCAUGCUUUAUCAUGUUUUUUUUAGAGGAUAUUACCGAUCCGACUUCCAUCAUCUUCAAGCAGCACCUAUGAAUAUGUUAUAGUGAUUACUACAGGGGCUUGGAAAAGCUCAGGCACAACUGCUCAUGUUGCUUUGGAGAUUUACGGUUGCGAUGGAAAGAGUGGCAUCCUUCAACUUAGCCAAGAAGAGCCUGGUGCAGAUAAUACGUUAUUCUCUCGAGGUAAUUCAGAUGUUUUUGUACUUUAUGUUGACAAAUCACUUGGUGCGAUUCAAGGAGUGCAGAUUGGACAUGAUAAUUUUGGAGAUAAUCCCUCGUGGUACCUAGAAGAAAUUCUGAUUCGGGACGUACAAUCCAAGCAGUCGUGGAAAUUCAUGGCCAAUCAGUGGUUUGCUCUUGAGCGUGGAGAUGGGCGCAUCGAGCGAGUAAUCGACCAGACCUCAAGUCAUCUGGAUUUUGGCAAUGAAGUUGCAAGACGUUGGCGAAUAGGCCUCGCGGAGUGGCAUAUUUGGGUUUCAGUAGUAACCAAGCUAAGAAAAAGUCGCUUUACAAGAGUACAGCGACUGUCUUGCUGCCUCUCAGUGCUUUUGACAUCCAUGUUUGCUAACGCGAUGUUCUAUAAGUUAGAACGCAAAUAUGAACAGCCUAUCCAAGUCGGACCGCUGAAAAUGUCGUGGAGACAAGUGGUGACUGGAAUUGAAAGCGCGUUUGUUGUGACACCCAUAAACAUUGUCAUAGUUUUUCUCUUUCAGAAAGGAGCUGAAAAGUCUGCCACGAACAAUGACUAUUGUCUUAAAGGUACCCUGAUCUCUGGUGUCGCUUGGUGUUUCUUAUUUUUCUCUUGUACUGUUUCGGCUGCGUUUUCAAUUUUCUAUAGUCUAGUUUGGGAAAAGAGUGUCAGUGAGCAGUGGCUGUCUUCGAUGCUUAUCUCAUUCGCGCAGGAUGUAACGAUCAAGGAACCAGUAAAGGUGUUCUUCACAGCUUUAACAUUCGCGGCCAUUUUAAAGAUAAAGGCGAAGAGAUCAAAAGUACACGCCUGCGAAAGCCCUCCGCAGGAAGUUAAAACUGGGUACUAUAAGAAACACUUUUGGGCUCUGCAAUUAUCAGAGGUGGAAGAGAUGAGAAGACGACAAGCUAAGAAACAGAACCUGACACGUUAUUUCACAGAGUUGGGUUUAUACUUGGUCUUCGUUUUCUUGCUUAUGGCAGUGUGCUAUGGAAACAGAAAUGACCAUCGGUACUUGAUGACUAAAUCAAUCCAGGAUGGACUACCAAACUUUGGCAAGGUGAGUAGACAUUAUUUGAUUAUGAUAAAUCCAUUGCUGAAAUUCGCGUGUUUAAUUUAUCUUAUGACUUUUCGUUCCCAUGGAGAUCCAAAAUCAAAUAUAUGAAGAAAAAUUUUACUUUGCCGGUCUCUUCAAGAAAUGACUAAGGUAUUUUCUGCUCUUGUGAUGGAUAUUUUGAGGAGGAAUAUCCCUUUAGAAACAGCGUACAAGAGAUACGUUAGUGCGCGUGUUACACCCAAAUUUAAGACUGGAAAGAAAUUCCAAGCAAUAGAUGUAUAAUCCCAUGAAGACAUUGGCAUUCAAUUCUGCUAUAGGAGAAGAGCCAGAAAGCGGCAAACAUAAUAUUUGAGGGGAUGGGUGCAACGAAAAUAAGUAAGCGAGAAUAAUAGUCUAAGAAACGCCCAUAAAUAGUAACUCGCUUCUGUGACACAAACUUCUGCUAGUCUAUCCAUACUGCUAUACUUAAAAAAAAAAAAAAACUAUAUAUAUAUAUAUAUGUGAAGUCUAUGUUUCGGUUUUUCCGUAUUACAUUGCUUAAUACAUGGAAGUACAGCGUGAUAUGAAUUGAGCUAGGGAAAAAAAACAGAGACCAAGGUUUUUCUCGACAAGCCUGUUUCGUGAUUAGAUCAUUCUUCUGGGGAUUUUUAUGGAAAGAAUAUUUGUAACCAUCGAAGAUAUACUAUAAAAUUUGCAUGAUAAAUGUGGCAGUAAAUUUAGGUGCUUUGUUCAGCUGUUGCGCAGUAACGCUUUGUUUCUGUGAAGGUAUGAAGACACGAGUUCAUUACCCUUGUUAACUGAUGACAAUUCAAUUAACAAUUCAUUUAUAUAUAUAUAUAUAUAUAUAUUUAUUUAUUUAUUUAUUUAUUUAGUUUAACCCAAUGAUCUUGUACUAAUUCAGGUGACAAAAAAUACAAUGUACUGGAGCUGGUUACAGCGUGUUUUCAUACCAGGUGUGUUUUCUGGCAGAUGGUACAACGGUCAAAGGGAUGAGCAAACAAUUUAUAUUGGUAAUAAACACUCUCUUCUCGUCGGAAUGGCUCGAGUAAGGCAACUCAGAGUGAAAGCGAGUAAGUUUUUUUUCCAUUUUUAUUCCUCUUUGCAUUUCAUUGAAAGGCUAUUUACCCACACACGUCAUUUCACAUAUUAUAGUUAUACAUAUAUAAUUUUGCCUGAUAAAGAAGCAAUCGGUGCACAAACUUAAUUAUAGAGUUAAACAAUAGCUUAUUGAAAUUCUUAAAGAAAAAAUAUUGAACAUGCACUGGUUACAAUUUUCUCGACUCCUGACCAUUCUGACAAUUAUCUAGACGAGUGUUUAGGUAGCUGCGUUUUAUUAUGAACGUUGAUUAAAUUUAGGUUUUGAUGACGGCGCUCCUUUCCUCCGAAAGCAAAUGCUACUUUGAAGGCUUCUAAUAAUUCUCCAUAACAAGAUGUCCAUAUUUGAUAAAAGUACGAAAUGUGUCAUCCCUGAGUGAAAUGAAUACCAAAAGAAACUUCCUAAUCAUGAUCUUUUGUUCCAACUUUCAGCGCAAUGUAAAGUCCUAAACUAUAUGGAAACAUCGUUCCAAGAAUGUUUCAAAGGAUACUCGACAAAGAACGAAGACAAGACCGCCUACAACAAACCAGGCUGGAGGCCUGUCGACAAUGCUGCGAGGAAUGACGAGUUAUUACAACUUUGCCCAAAGCCAUGGCGAUAUCAACAUGCCGAGGAAACCGACACUACACCCAGGUGGGGACAUUUCUCCUUUUAUGAUGGAGGAGGAUUUGUAGCAGACCUCGGUUAUGAUAACCAUACGGGGUUCAGCAUAGUAACAAAUUUACAAAACAACGGUUGGCUUGACAGGCAAACCAGAGUUGUCCUGGCAGAGUUUUCCACAUUCAAUCCGUCGGUGAAUAUUUUAAGUGUUGCCACAUACUUCUAUGAAGUUCAUGCAUCUGGACUGAGAGCAGCCUCCGUGCAAAUUCGUGUUCUUUCACUUGAUUCUACGGGCACACCCUCGCAUCAGUUUUAUUUGAUUUGCUUGUUCCUGUACUUUGUAUUCGUUUUUCUGUAUUUCGAAGGAAAUUUUCAGACUUUACAGUCAUCGUUCUCGAUAUUUCAAGUCUAUCUGGAAUUGGGUCGAGAUAUUUCAAAUUGUUUUUUCUCUGAUUUCCGUGGUGAUGUACAUAAUACGACAAAGUAAAACCAUUUCAACCAUGGGCAAACUGCAUAAAAACAUUUACGGAAAUCUAAGUUUCCAAGAAGCUAUCACUUGCCAAGAAGUGGAAAAUGUGGUACUUGGAAUUCUUACUUUCAUCGUUACCACCAAGCUAUUGCGAAUCAUUCGCUUCAACGACUAUGUUGCUCUAUUCUCCGCAACAUUGAAGAUAUCUGCACGAUCUUUGAUAUCCUUUAGCAUCGUUUUAUCCAUUUUCUUUGUGGCAUUUUUGCACUUUGGUGUCUUAGUAUUUGGCUGUGUAUCUGAGCGCUACUCUUCGGUGCUAAAAGGAGCCUAUUUCCAACUCGAGCUAACUCUUGGUCGAGUGAAAGCUAGACCAAUCAAUGAAUUAGCACAGGCCGACACCAUAUACGCCAAAAUAUUCGCCUUCUUAAUUCUCUUCACUCUCACUAUUCUCUGUAUGAACUUUUUUAUUGGCAUAAUCAACGAUGCUCUUUUGGAUGCUAAGAACUUUGUGAGCGAAAGUGAGCUGUAUGAUCUUAUCGAUGAGAACCGUUGCUCGAGCUCAAAAGAAAGAAAAGAGUUUUUUGAUGCAAUCAGUAACAAGUUGAAACAGUCGAGAACCUCUAAAACGUCAGCAGAAGUGAAGGACAAAGAAUCUGGAAACAUUGGCCUUGACCCCACGAACAAUUCUAAUCUGAAGUUUGAUUUAAUAAGUCAAGCUAUCAAAGCUUGGAGGAAGAAAAGAUCCAGAGAAACAAUAGAUAAACAGCAAUGCAGUACAAGGAGACAAGCAUUGUUCGACAGGAUAAGCAACAUGUUAAAAUCUCUGAAAGGUGAAAGCAAUGACGACUGCAGCAAACGUAGAGAAAAAAAGAAAGUAAGAUUUCAAGAGGAUGUCGUCGAGUCUUCCCUCCGUAAAUUACGUAAGAGAGAACAUGACCUGUUGCAGCGGCUGGAGAGUAUUGUUUCAGGAUUCACAACGGAAGACGAAGAAUUCGAUUAUUUAUUAAUAACAGCAGAGGUCUAUCUCUACUAA